AUGAUAAAUGAUUCAACAUAUCGUCGAUGGCAAUUAACAUUACCAAUUCUUUCAACACUUUAUCGUAUGGCUAAUCAAUUAUUAGCUGAUUUUGUUGAUGAUAAUUAUUUUUAUUUAUUUGAUUUAAAAUCAUUUUUUACUGCCAAAUCACUUAAUGUUGCUAUACCUGGUGAUCCUAAAUUUGAACCACUUGUUAAAAAAAUUAAUUCAAAUAAUGAAGAUUGGAAUGAAUUUAAUGAUAUAAAUAAAAUAAUAAUACAUCAGCCAAUACGUACAGAAUAUCGUAUUGCAUUUCCAUAUUUAUAUAAUAGCUCUCCAUAUAAACUAUAUCUUUCAUGGUAUCAUAUACCAAAUGUUGUAUUUAUGAAAACUGAAGAUCCGGAUUUACCAGCUUUUUAUUUUGAUCCAUUACUAAAUCCAAUUACACAACAUCAUAUAAUAAAAUGCAUUAAUGUACAAAUUGAUGAUAACAAUGAAUUUAUUUUACCUGAAAAAUUUCAACCAUUAUAUACAGAUAAUACAACAAAUGGUAUAACAUUAUUAUGGGUAUCACGUCCAUUUAAUCUUCGUUCUGGUCGAACACGACGUGCAAUUGAUAUUCCAUUAAUUAAAACAUGGUAUCGUGAACAUUGUUCAAUUGAUCAUCCAGUUAAAGUUCGUGUAUCAUAUCAAAAAUUAUUAAAAUAUUUUGUUUUAAAUGCAUUACAUCAUCAAGUUGAUUUACAAGUUUAUCGUCAAGGUUAUAAUAUGUUAAAUUUAUUAAUAAAUCGUAAAAAUUUAAAUUAUCUUCAUUUGGAUUAUAAUUUUAAUUUAAAACCAAUUGAAAUAUUAACAACAAAAGAACGUAAAAAAUCACGUUUUGGAAAUGCAUUUCAUUUAUGUCGUGAAAUAUUACGUUUAACUAAAUUAAUUGUUGAUUGUCAUGUACAAUAUCGUUUAGGUAAUAUUGAUGCAUUUCAAUUAGCUGAUGGUUUACAAUUAAUACAACGUGCAUUUAAAGAAUGUAAAAUUGAAUUUAUGGAUUUAUAUUAUCAUUUAAUAUCGGUUUAUGAUGUUGAACCAUUAGAAAAAAUAACGGAUGCUUAUUUAAAUCAAUAUUUAUGGUAUGAAGCUGAUAAACAUAGACUUUUUCCAAAUACAAAUGAAGGUGAAUGUAAUGUUAUGAUUGAAUAUCAUUUUGAAAAAUUCUAUGAAAAUAUUGAUCUUACAUUAUUAAAUCAUUUACUUCAUCUCAUUGUUGAUCAUAAUAUAGUUGAUUAUAUGACAGCAAAAAAUAAUAUUGUUCUUACUUAUAAAGAUAUGAAUCAUGUUAAUUCAUAUGAUAUUAUACGUGGUUUACAGUUUUCUUCAUUUAUUGUACAAUAUUAUGGUCUUAUUAUUGAUUUAUUAAUAUUAGGUUUACAACGUGCAUUCGAUAUACUUGGUUUACCUCAAAAACCAAAUGAAUUUUUAACUUAUCAAGAAGUUACUAUUGAAACGGCACAUCCAAUACGUCUCUAUUGUCGAUAUACAACUGAUGAAUCUCGUAAUUUAAUACAACGUUAUUUAACUAAACAUCCUGAUCCAAAUAAUAAAAAUAUCGUUGGUUAUAAUAAUAAAAAAUGUUGGUCACGUGAAUCACGUAUGCGUUUAAUGAAAUAUGAUGUUAAUUUAGGUCGUGCUGUUUUUUGGGAUAUUCAAAAACAUCGUUUACCACGUUCUUUGACAACAAUUUUAUGGGAAACAAGUUUUGUUUCUGUUUAUUCAAAAGAUAAUCCUAAUUUAUUAUUUAAUAUGUGUGGUUUUGAAUGUCGUAUAUUACCUAAAAUACGUAUGAUAGAUGAAGAAUUUAUACAUAAAGAUGAUCGUUUUCAUAACCGUAUAAGACAAAUUUUAAUAUCAUCUGGUUCAACGACAUUUUCGAAAAUAGUUACUAAAUGGAAUACAGCAUUAAUUGAUUUACCUGUUAAAUGUGAAAAUAAAAUUCAAACACGUAUUAAAAUUGGUUUAAACUCAAAAAUGCCUUCACGUUUUCCACCUGUAGUUUUUUAUACACUAAAAGAAUUAGAUGGUUUAGGUAUGUUAUCAAUGGGACAUGUUUUAAUACCACAAUCAGAUCUUCGAUGGUCAAAACAAACUGAUACUAGCAUAACACAUUUUCGUUCUGGUAUGAGUCAUGAUGAAGAUCAACUUAUACCUAAUUUAUAUCGUUAUAUUAUGCCAUGGGAAGCCGAAUUCAUUGAUUUACAACAUGAUCUUGAUGAUUCUUGGGAUAGAGGAAUUCCACGUAUUAAUACAUUAUUUCAAAAAGAUCGACAUGUACUUGCUUAUGAUAAAGGUUGGCAUGUACGAAUUGAUUUUAAACAAUAUCAGUAUUCAUUAUGUUUUAGAUUCUCAAACAGAAUCCAUUUUGGUGGACACAUCAAUAGUAUACAUGAUGAAAAAUUAUGGAAUUUGAAUAACUAUGGUUUUGAAGAAUCAAUGUGUUGGAAAAACUUAACUAUUGCUCAACGUUCAGUUCAACUUGAUUUAACAGGAAUAUUUAUGCAUGGAAAAAUUCCAACGUUAAAAAUAUCAUUAAUUCAAAUAUUUCGUGCACAUUUAUGGCAAAAAAUUCACGAAAGUGUUGUUAUGGAUCUUUGUCAAGUAUUUGAUCAACAAUUAAAUGCAUUAGAUAUUGAAACUGUAAAAAAAGAAACGAUUCAUCCAAGAAAAUCAUAUAAAAUGAAUUCAUCAUGUGCAGAUGUUCUUCUAUUUGGUGCAUGUAAAUGGAAUAUAAGUAAAUCAUCCUUAUUAGUUGAUUCAAAAGAUGUUACGGAUAAUACACGGAGUUGUCCAUAA